UUCAUUCGCUUCCCUCCUGCGAGCACGAGCCUGGCCGCGGGGCAGGCCGGGAAUUGGGGCCGCCGCACGAGGGUUCGCGGGAGCGCGCUUCCCGACCCUCUCGCGGGCGGAGAGCCAGCAUGGAGAGGGGCGGGGGCGCCUUCGCGGGAACGCGGCUGCCGUUCUUAUUGCUGCUGCUGCUGCUGCCUCUGCCGGGGUUGAUGCUCUCGGGCGCCCUCUGGAGGCCGAGCGCCUGGCAUUGCAGCCUCUCGGCGACCUGCGAAUGCGAGUUCUUGCCGGAUCUAACGGGUCUCGAGUGCGAGUUAGCCCUGAGCCUCGUCGGACAGCCUCUGGCCAGGCAGCUGGUCCUCCAAGGCCUGAAGAGCUUCGUGCAGGACCCUGAGCCCGCCAAGCCCCUGGUCUUGUCCUUCCACGGCUCGACGGGCACCGGGAAAACCUACUUGACUUCCCUACUGGCCCGGCAUCUCUUCCGGACGCCUUACGUCCACCGCUUCUCCCCGCUGAUUCAUUUUCCCCACGCUGACCACCUCCAGCAAUACAAGGACGAUCUCAGAAACUGGAUCCAGGGAAAUCUCACUCGGUGUAGCCGAUCCCUUUUCCUCUUCGACGAGAUGGACGACCUGCAGCCUGGCUUGAUGGACGUCGUCGCCCCCUUCCUGGGAUCUUCCUGGGUGGUUUUCGGAACCAAUUAUCGGAAAGCCAUCUUCGUCUUUAUCAGCAAUACGGGAGCGGACCAGAUUAACCGGAUGGCUUUGGAGCUCUGGCGAGACCGCAGAGACCGCGAGGAAAUCAGCCGCCGGGACCUGGAAGCGUCUAUUUUGGAGGCCAUUUCUAAAGACCCCCAAAACGGAUUCUGGCGAUCCGGGAUCCUUGAGCAAAACCUGAUCGACAUCUUCGUGCCCUUCCUCCCCCUGCGACAACAUCACGUGAAGCAGUGCGUGGUCAACGAGAUGGCCGGCCAGGGUCUCACCCCUAGCCCGGACGUCGUAGACGGCGUGGCCGACAGCUUUUCCUACUUCCCCGAGGAGGAAAAAAUCUUCUCUUCCACCGGAUGCAAAACUGUGUCUUCCCGCAUCCCGUUUUUCCUAUGACGCCUUUUUUGGGCAGGCGUUUUCGGUCCGGAAUGGAGUUUUUACGGUUUUCGUCCAAGCUUUUGCGGGUCGCGAAAAAGUCAGCUGAACUGAAAGACUUAAGGGUACGGGGCCUUUCGAAAAAAGCAAAGAAUAACGUUUGGCUUGAUCAAACAUUUUCCUUCUCCUUACAAGUCAGCCGGAAUCUGGAUUAUUUUAUUUUUUUUGAACUCAAAAAGAAAAGGGAAAAAAAAGAAGAUUGUGUGAUGCAUUAUGUGGGGGAUCUCGUCCGCUUUCAAAACACUUUUUCUCGGAGGUUUUACAGGUUUACCGCAGUUGAAUUAAUUCGUUUUUCUGGGGAUUCUUAAAAUCCUACCUCUCAAGUCAAGGAUUAUUCUGUGAUUUUAUUUUUUUUUAAAAAAAAAUCCAAUAAGAUGUAUUUUACAAUUCUAAUUCAGGGACUUUUUUUGCAGGGAAUUCCCCGCGGUGUCAACUUGAUGGACGGAGAUGCGGGUUGUUGCUAAAAGGUUACACCAACACGCAGCUACUUUUAAAAACACAUCAACAACGAGAGAUUGUUUUUCUCGGCGGUUUCAAGAAUGCACCAGCCAGAAAUAAUCUUUUUUCUCUCUCUUCUUUUUUUUCUAUCCCUUUUGGUGCAGAGAGCAACUUGAACAGUUAAAAGAGUCGGAAAAAUAUAUUGAAAUCCGCUCUG